GCCGCGUGGUUGCCAAAGCCACAUAGAAAGGACCUCGGGAAGUCAGAGCGGAGGGUCAUCCCAUCACGACACAUAGCUCUGAGCAUCUGGCACGGUUAGGACCUUCAAGAGAACGGUGCCCCGCCUGGCUGCUCUCACACUUGGUAUUUCCUCUUGGCAACUCAGACAUACAAUAUCGGUUUUGUUUAAGCCAGAAGUUUUAUGCUGUUGAGAGCCUAUCCACAUAGGGGGCUCUUAGCUUGAUUGGCUGGUCGCAACAUGGCCGCGGAAGACACGCAAUCCGUCCGUUCGCCCGAAUCCCAUACCGAAGACGGCACAGCAUCAACGACGAUGCCUACAACACCACCACCGACGGAAACCACGGCGAUGGACCUAAAGGCAGCAGAGAAGAAGACUUCUCCGUCGCCUAAAAAGCGAUUAUCCACAGCAUCGGAACAAAGCGCCACGGCCAAAGUCACGAAAAGGCGAGCUGCUCGGGCCUGCGUUUCUUGCCGAGCCCGGAAAGUCAGAUGCGACGUUGUCGAGGGUGCCCCUUGCGGGAAUUGCCGGUGGGACGGUGUUGAAUGCGUUGUACAAGAAAGUCGCCGCCGCAAGAAAGGUCUGUUCAAUGCAAACUCUUCGCUCAUUGGCAGCGGCUGCGCCCCGCACCAUCACCAUACCGAGGCACACUUGCUGAAAGCGAAGACAACACCGAGCCCGAUUGCCAUCGCCUCUGCGGCAUCCGUUCAACAACCCCUGCAGCGCCCCGCCGAUGUAUCGCAAAAUUCGGCCCUAAACAUCGCCGCGAGCAAGCUGGGGGUGAGCGGGCAUGAUCGCGUUGAGCCCCAUGCGGCGUCUCUCCCAUAUCAGCGUCCAAGUUUGAUUCCCGCGACGCAAAUUGAGAACCAUCAAGGCUCGAGAUAUGCCAGCAUAUUCCCAAACCCGACUACAAGACAGAAUGAUACAGGCUCUGGUGUUAGUGACGCUGGUGCUGCCGUGGCCGCCAACGCUGUGAACGCGUCGCAGUCCUUUAGUCCGCUGGACAAGAGUGACGUUUUCUCUUCGCAAGAGUAUGGUUUUCUCCGGCCCUUGCCGUCAAAGUUCGCUCCCGAAGAUGUAGAUUAUCUUCGUGCUAAGGGCGCAUUAUCGGUGCCCAGCUUCGCGCUCCAAAGGGCUUUGUUGCGUGCCUACGCGGAGUAUGUACACCCAUAUAUGCCUUUGCUGGAUUUGCACAGCUUCCUGGGUAUCGUCGACGCCCGCGAUGGGUCUCGUGGGCAGACAAGUUUGUUUCUGUAUCAGGCUGUGAUGUUUUGUGCCACGGCGUUUGUGAGCAACAAGGCGCUAAAGGAAGCGGGCUAUGCCUCCAGAAAAAUAGCCAGGAGAACGUUUUUCUCUAAAGCUAGGCUUCUUUACGAUUUUGAUUACGAGAACGAUCGCCUACUGCUUGUUCAAGGGCUCCUCUUGAUGACCUACUGGUAUGAAACACCGGAUGAUCAAAAGGACACAUGGCAUUGGAUGGGUGUUGCGAUCUCGCUGGGCCACACGAUCGGGCUGCAUCGAAACCCAGCAAACACGAAUAUGGCGCCUCAAAGGCGGAAACUGUGGAAGCGAAUAUGGUGGUCCUGCUUCAUGCGCGACCGCUUAAUCGCCCUGGGCAUGCGGAGACCAACCCGUAUAAAGGACGAGGAUUUUGAUGUGCCCAUGUUAGAGGAGGAAGACUUUGAUAUCAUGGCGAUACCUGACGACAUCCAGGUCGUAGAUCCGGAAUGCACGCUUUUGCGCGAUGUCGCCAUGCAGCGAGAGUUAGCCCAAAUGUGUGUUGCCAAGGCAAAGCUCAGUCUUUGCAUCAGUCAGAUGUUGAAGACUCAGUAUUCAGUGCUGGUUUGUGCCAAAACACACCCCGAGAACACAACCCAUAGCACCAUGAUGCUGCUCCCGAACAAGCAGCUCGAUAAUAUGGAAAAGAUUGCCAAGUGCGACCGCGAGCUCACGAGAUGGGCUGAGGCACUCCCAGAUGCUUGCAAAUACCGAGCGCUCACGCCGCUCGACGUGCAGAAUGGGCGCGGCGUCAUUGCUCUACAGCGCAACCUAUUGCACAUGGUGUAUUUCACAACCGUGUCUGCUUUGCACCGGCCGCUUUUCCUACCCUCAUCACCAAGGGAUAUUCAACAGAGCCCGAGUCAGGUGCACCAACAAAUUUCCCGGAUGCGUGUAUGUAGCUCGGCAGUUCAAAUUACUCGGAUGGUGUCGGAAUUGAGCGCCUUGCACCUAGAUAGGUUCUUACCGACCACGGGCGUCACCGUCAUCUUGCCAGCCAUGAUCAUUCACAUGAUUGAGAUGAAGAACCCUUCACAGGUUGUCCAACUUGCGGCUCACAAAGGCUUCCAGCAGUGCAUGCGUGUCAUGACACGCCUACGUGACACGUAUUCCGCGGCCGAUUAUGCUGUCGCCUUCGUCGAUGCUGCAAUGCGCAAAGGAGCCCAAGUAGACCAAGCACAGCACCCUGAGGCUUUCGACCAUCGAAACAACAGCAACGACUCCACGAGUGCGAAUGGAUUUAAAGCCACCAUGGCGCCUCAGUAUGCCGCUUCCGCGAGCCAUGGUAUGCCUAAUGGGGUCGAAAAUGUGACGACGCCGCCCCCGGAAUCUAUGCUGUUGCCAAAAGCCCCAGAAGACGCCUCCGUCUUAGUGGCUGGCCCAACUUUGAGUUCAGACGUGGUAGAGUCAUUUGCACCAUCUUCAAAUCUUAUGGUGGGCAAUUUCGCCACCACCAACAGUCUUACAAUCUCGAACCCUGACACAACAACUCAGGCCUCAAGUGGUGUGGGAACCGCUCACUCGCCGCCGUCAACGGAUAUUCUGACGCCAGGAUCGAGCGAGGCAUCGGUCGGAUCACCGUCUUCAGGGGACCGUUCGUUUGACGUCGGCAACAUGGAUCUAGACAUCUUAGACAACGGGCAACCCGAUGAGUUCGACUGGAAUGCCAUUACAGGUCCCAAGAUCGAUUUCGACCAGUGGCUGCAGUUUCCACCCGGUGAGGGCGCGGCCGUGGGUCCUGGAAUGGGUCUGAAUAUGUGCGACAAUGGACUGGUUGCGCUUGGCCAGAUCGAAGCAUCAAAUACAAACUUCAGUAUGGGACCCAUGGACGCAUCUGAGGAUAUCGUGAUGGGAUGAAACCCAGCACCCCGUAAAACCAACGUUUAGCAUUAUUGAUGAUUGAUCAACUGCGAGGGUGCUCACCGUGAGCAUCUGUUCUUUUCUUGCCGGCAUGUGGAAGGUAUAUAAGAAAG